AUGGAUACGUUAUCUAAUACAAAUACCCCUAACAAAAAUGUAUUACUAGAUAAGAUACAGAUUUUAAACUUAUUUAAAAUUUUUGAUAAUUUACCAUUUGAACCAAAAAGUGAUAAUGAAAUAUGGUAUAUAGUAAAUAAAGAGUUCAUAGAUAAUUUAAGAUACUAUGAGUGUGGAAAAAGUGACACUUAUUCAAAUAUUAUAAACAAUAAAAUAUUUUUAGAAGAUUGUAGUAAUGUAAAUAUAAAAAGUAGGAUAGUUAAAGAAUAUGAAAAUAGUAAUGGUGUGGAUUUUCUUUUAUACCCAGAAAAGGCUAUAGAAAUAUUAGAAAAACAUUUUAUUUUUGAUAUAAAAAUUCCAAGAGCUGUAUAUGCUUAUAAAACAAAUAGAAAAGAAAAAAUAAUAUAUAAGGUUGAUAUACAACCAUUAAAAAUUAUUGUAUAUUCAAAAAAUCCUAAUGAACAUUCCAAUCCUUCAAAAAUGAAAAUUGUGAUUUUAAGAAAUGAUACCCUUGAAAGUGUUUUAAAGGAGAUUGUUGGGAAUAUUGAUAGGAGCACAUUCAAGAAGAAUUUAUUUUACGCAGAUGAAUUAGACAACAAAAGAGAAAAGACGUGGAAGUGCUUAUACAUAUGUAAUAGUAUAGAAUAUGAUUUAACAAAAAAGGUAUGUGAUUAUUCUAUCGACGAAACGUGUUGUUUAUUAAUAACAAGUGAAAGACCUGAUAUCAAAUGUAUAAUGAAUAAAAGUAAUUAUAAUGCAAGUUAUGGUAAAAAGGAAGGACAUAAUAGAAGGAUGGAAAUUGAGAGUAGUUUAAAAAAUAAUAAUAAUGAAGAUGAAGAAGGAAAUGAGAAUUAUUAUUUUGACGAUGACAAUAAUAAUAUGAGUGAAAUGGAAAAAAGACGAAUUAGUUAUAUAUUUGAUAAAGGAGGUGAUCGAGGUCUUAUAAAUUUAGGAAAUACAUGUUUUUUAAAUUCAUCAUUACAAUGUUUAUCUAAGAUUUUAAAAUUUUCAAAUUAUUUUUUAAAUGGUUCUUUUUGGAAUCAUAUAAAUUAUUCAAAUCCGGUUGGUCAACAUGGGAGAUUAGCAAAAGCAUAUUAUGAGACUUUAACAGAAAUGUGGAAAAUUAAUAAAAGAGAUUGUCCUUAUGCACCUAAGGUUUUAAAAGAGGCGAUAAGUGAAAAGAGGGAUGAAUUUUAUGGAUAUCAACAACAUGAUUCACAAGAAUUAUUAGCAUUUCUAUUAGAUGGAUUACAUGAAGAUUUAAAUUUGAUUAGAAAAAAACCUUAUUAUGAAGAGAAGUUACAAGGGGGUGUAGAUAAAUUAGAUGUUGAUGUAGCUGAAGCUUCUUGGAAUAGACAUAAAGAAAUUAAUAAUUCCAUAAUUGUCGAUUUAUUUCAAGGUCAAUAUAGAUCAAGAUUACAGUGUCCUAAAUGUAAAAAAGUUAGUAUAACAUUUGAUCCUUUUAUGUAUUUAUCCAUUCCAUUACCUCCAAAAAAAAAUCAUCGAGUAUGGUUUCAUGUGAUACUAAGUAGAGAUAUUCCUAUAGCUAUCAGAUUUUCAUGUACAUUUAAUGGUUCGCAAGAAGUAUUAAAAUUAAAAAUUUUCUUUUUGAAUAUAAUAAAGAAUAUGAAAAACAAAAAAAGAAAUAUAUUAUUACAUAGUAAAUCCAUAAUCAAAAAUAAUAAAUAUCCUCAUGAGGGUGCCAAUGCAUUCAAUUUCCAUUCGAAAUUUUUAGAUGAUAAUAAGAAUGAUUUAUAUGAAGAAAAUGAAUAUAACAAUAAUAAUAAUAUAAGUGAUGAUGUUACUAAUUAUAUUAAAGCUUUGAAAAAUAAAUCCAAAAUUACCAACACUCUGAAAGAACAAGAUAUACAAAUAAUAUAUGAAAGCAUUUGUUCUAUGUGUAAUAUAUCUUCUAUUGAAGAAUUAGAAAUUAAUAAUCUUUGUUUUCUUUAUACGAAAUUAAAAAAUCUAGCAUGUAAUAAUUUUUUUCAAGUGUUAAAUAAUUCCGAUUUUGUUACAGAACCACAUACAAGAAAUGGUAAGGGCAUUAGCCAUAUCUUUGUUUAUAUACUUCCUAAAAUAUUUGGACAUUUAAUUGAUAAAAAUAUUGAUUUAAAAGUAGACGAGUGUUUAGAAGUAUUAACGAAUUCAACUGUUACUACAAAUAAUACGAGUCUUAAAGAUGAAGAAGAUAUUAAUAUAAGAACAGAAACGAAUGAUAAGAAAACUGUAAAAAAUAAACAUUCUACUAAUAAAAUUGUAAAAAAAAGAAAAGGAUUAUUAUCCAACCCUUUAAGAAAAGGAACACUUGGAACAGAUCAUCAAAAAUAUUAUCAAGAAGAUAAUGUUGAAGAAAAUAUAGAAAAUGUUAAUGAAAUAAAUAUUAAAGAAGAAGAUAAUAAAAUUAUAAAUAAUAAUAAUGAUCAUAUUAAAAAAAAUUCAAACGAAUAUAUAUCUUAUAAUGAUUUAUUAAAUGAUCAAGCUUUUAUAAAUCAUAAUUAUCAUUAUCUUAAUGACAAAUAUUUUUCUGUUCUUAUUGUGCCAUUGUGUAAAGAUGAACAACUUUUAUACAAAAUGAAAAAUAAUGAUUUACCUUUAUUAUAUAAUAUUCCUUUUAAUUACACCUUAGAAGAAUUAUAUAAUAAGGUGAAAUAUUCAUAUAACAAAAAUAAUCAUAUAAAAACAUCAACGAUGAAAAUUUAUAAUUAUUCAAAGAUGGAACAAAAUGACAUGAGCAAUUCAUUAUAUCAUAAGAAUAAAAACGUUGAAAGUCCGAAGAAGGAUAAUACUUUAAAUGGAACUGGUCCCAAUAUGGAUAUCUAUCAAAAUGAUGAUAAUGAUAAUAAUAAUAUGAAUGUUAAUGGUUGUAAAAAUGUGGAACCUUGUUACAACCUUGACGAUAAAAUUAAUAGUAAUAGUAAAAAUAUGAACAGUAAUGAUAUUAAUAUGAACAAUAAUGAUAUUAAUAUGAACAGUCAUAAUAUUAAUAUGAAUAAUAAUGAUAUUAAUAUGAACAGUCAUAAUAUUAAUAUGAACAGUCAUGAUAUUAAUAUGAACAGUAAUGAUAUUAAUAUGAACAGUCAUAAUAUUAAUAUGAACAGUAAUGAUAUUAAUAUGAACAGUCAUAAUAUUAAUAAUAAUAAUAAUAAUAAUAAUAAUAAUAAUGUAAAUGAUGUAAACGUUAAUAGUUAUAAUGAUUUCUUAGAUAAAUUUAGUUUAUAUUUACCAUGCUAUAAUUUAAAAGAAGAAUGGAAUCCAAAAGAUAAUUUAGGAUUAGAAUUAAAAAGAGAUGGUACGUAUUUAUCAGAUUAUAUAAAAAAUUCUGAAGAAAAAAGACUUAUCAUAAUAUAUUUAAAUACUGUAGGUAUGGAAGAGGAAUUAUCCUUAGAUAUUAAAACAUUAACAUUUGUUGAUUUAGAAGAAAAGUAUGGUAUCGAUACAUGUUUAAAAUUAUUUUCAGAAGAAGAACAUCUAGAUGAAAAUAAUACGUGGUAUUGUAGUAAUUGUAAAUUACAUGUGCAAGCAUAUAAAAAAUUAGAUUUAUUCCGUAUGCCUAUUAUAUUAAUAUUACAUUUAAAAAGAUUUAAUAAUACCAAUAGAUGGUUAAGAACAAAAAUUGAUUCUUAUGUAUAUUAUCCCCAUAAAGAUAAAGAAUAUCUAAAUAUGGCACCAUAUAUAUUACAAGACGGAUUAAAACAUAUGACUAAAUUAAAUCCAAAAUAUGCUCCACUCUAUGAAUUAAUUGGAGUCAAUUGUCAUACGGGUAGUUUAUGUGGAGGUCAUUAUUUUGCAUAUGUUAAAUUAAAUGAUCAAUGGUAUAAUUUUAAUGAUUCUUGUGUGUCAACAAUUGAUGAAGCUGAGGUUAAUACCAAAAAUGCUUACCUCUUAUUUUAUCAGUUAAUAUCUCAUAAGAAUGAGAAAUUUUCCGGAUAUGCUCAAACCAGGAAUUUGGCUGAACAACAGGCAAUCCUUAUGGCAAACGCAAGUUAUUAUAAUUAA